AUGUCAUCGAGGACAUAUGGUGGUAAUUCGCUGGCAUCAGCGCUAGAUGAAGAAAGACUAGAAGUUCUAAAAUGGAUGAAAGAAAGGGAGGAACAGAAGUAUCGCGAGUUAUGCCUUGACUAUGAUCCGGUAAUCCGUGAUUACUGUUUUAUUAAACCCGGUGAUGAAGGAUUCCGAGUAAAGUCGGAGGAUAUAACUUCUUUACCUCAUUACAAAAACCCUCCUACAUCAAACGAAUACAAGAAGGACAAAGAGAAAAGUACUCAAGAAGAGGAAAAAAGAAAAAACAUACCGUCCGAGAAUUCAAAAUCGCUUGCCAAGUCAAGCAGCAAGGUCUCCGAUGUGUUGGCCUCUCCAUUAUUUUCUACUGAUUCCCCUCCGAAUACAUCGCAUAAGCGGCAUUCAUUCUCCAGUGUAUCCUCAAAGUCAUCUUCAACCGACCAAGCAUAUGCUGCUCUGCAUCCUUAUGGCGGUUCGGAGCUGAAGAAGUCCCCCGAGCCGAAUCAUCAGCGAAGUGUUUCUUUUGGUAGUAUGCCCGCGUCUUCUUCUUCCCUUUCUCCUCUACAGAUUCCUUCUACGAGUGCAACAACAGCAAAGCAUUUCUCUCCAAAGGAACCAGCGAAAACAUAUAACAAGUCCAAUACUACUCCAAGCUCGCCAGUGACCAAGCUUUCCACGUCCCCAAAAGAUACCCCUUUAGUAAGCCCGAAUAUUCCUCAUUUUGUUGUUUCUCCUCCUUCUAUCUCCUCGACUUCUGAAAAUCGCAGGACGAACAAGGAUGAAAUAGGUUCUCCAUUGGGAACAGAGAAUUUGCUUGAUGAAAAUGGAGAACCUCUCCAUUUAGCUCGUUCUUUACCUUCUUCGUCUUCGGAAGACGAAGACGAAGAUGAUGACUUUUCUUCUCAUUCAGAAGCUGAAGGAUUACAAAGUACAAGCAGACCUCAAGUAUCUAUCGACGAAUCUCCAAAACUUUCUCAACCUCUAGUUAGCAAAAGAGGAAAAACGAGUAAAAGAAGUCGUCUCCGGAAAUUGGUAGGCGCUCCUUUAUCAAAAAGUAAAUCGAAUUUUAGCGAUGACUCACAUAGGAAAGUAGAUGCUAACGUUUUACGCCGAUCUCGCUCUAAUCCAAGUCUUUAUACAGCACAUGAGCUCAGGUCCGAACCUGUACGCCCGAAUACGAAUUUUGUAUCAACGCACGUCGAUAAUUGGUACGGUUCUGACCAAGAAGAAAUCGAGCAAGACCUGCGUAUAGCCAAAAACUUGCAAUUGAAUAUUGGUCCAACCCGAUGGAUUCCUAGCGCCAGUCGAACAAUCCGACGGAUUCGCAGAGGAGAUUUUCACAGCGCAGCUAGUAACUCAAAACGAAAUAGUACUUACUUUCUUACAUUGGAUUUAUCCUCCGAAAGUUUGUACGCUGCUGAGUGGGCUGUUGGUGUCCUUUUACGAAAAGGUGAUACUCUUAUUAUAGUCGAUGUGAUUGAAUGUGAUGAUCCGAAAUUAGAAAUGGAACACAUGGAGUCUACGCAGAUGGAAACUUUAGAGAAAGUUACAAAGAGUAUUUUGAAAUUACUUAGUAAAACAGUUCUCGAAAUUGAAGUGAACAUCGAAGUUAUUCAUCACGAGAAGGCCAAGCACUUAAUUGUGGAAAUGAUUGAUUAUGUCGAGCCGACUCUAGUUGUUAUGGGCAGUCGUGGACGCAGUCAUUUGAAAGGUGUACUGCUUGGUUCUUUCAGUAACUAUUUGGUCAACAAGUCAAGCGUACCGGUAAUGGUUGCUCGUAAACGGUUGCGAAAAAACAAGCACCGGUUUGAACGUUCAGCUCGCCUUGCCAAUAAUCUUGCUGAUGCUAUAGUAGAUGAAGUGGGUCGCUAG